GGACCACGCCCCUUUUUGUGUCAUUCAAUUUUAUUUUUUGUUCAGUUUCCACCACAACAAAUUCGUGCUGCUAAUCCUUCGUAUUUCAUUUCAUUGUCAUCAUGGAGAAAGGGAUGACUGUUUUCCAAGAUGUGUUCAGAAGGGCUGAUAAAAAUGAUGAUAAUUGCCUCUCGCUGGAGGAAUUCAAAUCUUACUUCGGGGAUGGCAUACUGACUGCAGAUGAGCUGGAAGAGUUAUUCAAUAAGAUAGACACACACAACACCAACAACAUUGAUGUCGGGGAGCUCUGUGAAUAUUUCUCAGCUCACCUGGGACCAUUCAAAGAGAUCUUUGGGGGAGUGGAGGACAUGUCAGUAUUUGUUUCCUCAGCACUACAGCAAACAUCACAGGUAUAUCCUGAUAAGUCUUUUGAUGAUCAGUUCACUGUGCGCGUCCUGCUGAAGGAGGUGUCGGGGCAGCUGUCGUCAUUGAUGAGAAACAUUGAUGCAGCCUCAGAUCACAUGGAGAGAGAAGCAAUGACAGACAGGGCACCAAUAUCUCAAGUAGCCAUCAUUGAGCCAGUGGUCAGUUCAUCAGCAGGAUGGGUGGCCAGGAGGGCCAGACGUCAACUAUCCACUCAGACCAGUGUACCAGCUGAUGGUAUUAGCUCUCUGACCUCAGAGGUCAAUCGUCUGGCUUGCCUUUUGACCCGCCUAGAGCAAAAGGUCAAGAUCAAUCCUGUGGAUGAGGAAAUUGUAUCUGAUGAAAGCAAGGCCAACUUGGCUUUCUUGGUGAGCAGGAAGUUUACAGCCAUUGAUGAAAAGGACAAGGAUUUUCGCAGCAACCUUAGGACUUAUGUCGAUGCAGCAGGGAAAGUUGACGGAUGCACUACUGUGAGUGUAAGGGCCUUCGCUGGAACCUCACAUUAUGUCAUCUAUGAGAUCUGGGGGACAGAGGAAGACUGGAAAACCCAUUUUGCAAGUAAUGCUUCUAAGACAUUCCGUCGUGAGAAUGUGGAUCUAUUGGAUCGACCGGAGCAGCUUACAUCCAUGGCCAUACCAGCUAAAUGGAUCAUGACACAAGAUUAAAUGUUGGUGAGCAUACGAAAAAAACGCCAUCAGCAUAUUUUGAUUAUCAACAGCAUUAAAUGAAAGAAAAAGUGAAUGAUACUUCACACUGAGCAGUCAUUAUAUUCCUCCUUACCGGUAUAUCUGUAAAUUAUGGAAUAUCUAAAGGGCAUUUUUGAAAUACCGGUACGUGAUAUAAAUCAGAGAGAUUGCUAAACAUUGUAGACAAAAUUAAAGUAUUAAUGGUAUACAAAAGUAGGGAUAUUACAAAAUCAUAUAUGCACUAUAAUUGCCCCUUUGUUUUAUGAUUUGUAUCUAUAUCCUGUGUGUAAAACAUAUUUAUCUUCAUACAGUGGACAGAAGACCAAAUUGUUAUAUGUAAAAACAGGCCGGAAUUUUGACACAUAACUUGAAAUAUUCAUGUAAGUUUAUGUAGAAUAGUUGAAUAGAAAUACCGGUAAACUAUGUACAUGUCGUCCCUAUUUUCACGAAGUGACGGUAGUGAGGAAAAUCGUCACGCAAAGUGAAUGCAAUUUUUUUUCACUACCGUCACUUCGUGAAAACAGUGACGAUGUGUUUAUACUCCAAAGUACGUUUCAAUAAUGUUGCAUUCUGGAGCUUAUACUUAGAAAUAUGCAAAUGAAGUUACAUGUAUCUUGUAGUCUGAGACUUCACUUUUUUGUAUUAUAUGCAGCAAUACACAUUAACUUUUUGUUUUGAUUAUUUUGAUGACCCUUGAUAGGAAUUCAUUCUAUCUUUUGAUGGUUUACAUACAUGGGUAUCUUGAACAAAAAUAAAGAGGACCAUCUGCAAGUGACAUUUGAUACACAACUUUAUCAUAUACCGGUAGGUAGUCUUUUCAAACCAGGGUGCUCCAAUUAAAUUGCUAGAGUUUAGUUGCUAAUGGCCAGUUGGGAGCAAUGUCAGUUAAUACUUUAAAGUCAUCCUUGCCUAGUGUAGCUUAAAUCAAUUUCCUAUCAUGCAUUUCUUUGUAUAAAAAAUUAUUACAAGUGCAUGUUUAAAAUAAGAUUUUUGUAUGACAUAUACAUGUAUAUAUAUAUAUAUAUAUAUACCUUUAAUAUGUUUGAUAUAUAUUUAUAUUAUUUGUAUGGUUUGGGGGCCAGUAUGAUACUCUAGUCUAGCUUUCUAUGAUUUGUACUAUACAGAUGCAACUGUAAAGCACAAAUCUGACUUUGAUAGUACUCGUUUGUAAAUAUUUCGAAAUACACUAGGAUUGAUAACGCCAGUGUGUAUUAGGUAUGUCUUUUAUUGCACAAAAUGUAUUUACAUCGCAAUACUGCACAAAUAAUUAUUUCACUUCUAAAGUAGCGUAUCGAUAUGUAUAGGUAUAUGUGAAACUAACAAGUGCUCUUGCUUCAAGAAACUAGAUCUACGUGCUUUAAAGAUUAAAGAUAAUGGUAGCAGAGUGUGAUUCUUUAUUUUACCUUUAAUAUAGUUUUGAUGUGGAAUGGCUCAUACAAUGUAAAAGUAUGAAAGGUUUUAAUUAUUACGUCAGAAAAUAGUCUUGGUAAAUAAAUUGUUAGAAUAAUCGAUUUCGUAUCCAUCAAUAUCAAACCAGUACUUAAAAUUAUUUUGAAGCUCAGUUGUAAAGAAGAGUUCUAGUCUUGAUACAUGUAUUUAUAAGGUGAAAUAAUUAUUUCCAAUCAUAUUAAUAGCAAUACAGUUCAGUAUCUGAAAGGUUCGAGUAUAUCUUUUGUAUUGUAGGUUUUUGUUUGUUGUUGAAACAGUUCAUUCUACUUUAAACUUUCAUUGAUCUUCAUUAUGUAAUAAAAAUCAAUUACUUUCCUUUUAAUCCUUCAUAUUCAGAUGUCUUUCACCUGUAAUUUAGCACUUUAGGAUAAAUUAGGUACAUUAUGGAGGUAACGAACUUGUGUCUGCUUUAUUGUGAUGUGUCUGUAACUAUUGUGUGUGAUGAAAUAUGUCUGUAACUAUUAAAUAUAAAAGGUAUUUUAAAAUUUAUUAUUAAAUGAUAGCAGUUGAUAUCUUUA